CACCCACACCUGCCGUCCCGUAGCCAAAGAUAAGCAGGGAAGCGAGGCAGCACUGAUCUGAAGGUAUGUAUCUUACGCAACAUCUGCUGGUGUCAUUGUCUUCUAUAGCUUGAAAUGAAUCAGUUGUGAGUCAGACGGCGGUUGGUGGCAGGACAGUAUGGUUGAACGAUUACUAGUCCUAGUGGUGGCGAUGGCGGCGGCGCUGCUGGGGAUGUCGACGGAAACGGGUUUGAAUGCAAGAACUAACCGAUAUUUUUCCACUGCGGCGGCCCCUUGGGGGAGCAAGGGGUCGCGUCAGGUGAACUUGAUUCUCCCUGGUUUAUUGCCACCUGUCCAUGUCCAAGAUGGCCGUCCCCAUCAAACCGAGGAGGAAGCUGUGACGCCCCCUCCGCUAAGGACGCUCCCUGGAGUGCUGCAUCCCAGCUGUCUUCAUCUACUCAGGUGUCAAGAUGAAGACAUGUUUGACUUUAAGCGUAUGGAAAUUUACCACGCUGACCUUCCCGAGCAAUCUGCCGCUGCCUGCGGCCACUUGUGCUUGCGGCAGAGGCCUGACGCCCGCUUGGUGAUGGCCAAACUGAAUCCUUACAACGAGCAGCUCGUGUGUGGCUGCGGGGACCAACAGGCGCUUCCCAGCCAAGAUGUGCUGGCUGUUGCCUCGGUCUGUUCGCACCAGUGCCCGGAUGGCGGGGACUCCUGUGGCGGGCCUAGGGCUGUGGCUGUCUACCAAGUGGACCGCGAUAGGAAAGAGUGCGUGGCGCCGAAUUAUGACUACUACGGGUGUUACCAUGGAAAAGUGGGGGUGGGGGCCGUCAUCUUGGGUCCCUGGGAGCGGUGGGGCGGAGGCUGCCAGACAAGGUGCCAGGCACUGAACAACUCCGGACCCCUGAUGAGGCUCAGCACUGCGGCUGACGGCACCACUGCGUGUGACUGCGGGGUGACUGAGGCGGAGUUGGGGUCGGCGGCGUCAGAGGGGCGCGGGGGCUGUGGGUGGAGGUGUCCUGACGGGCAAGGCUGGUGUGGGGCCGAGGGACUCACCAGCGUGUACUACUCAUACAGUGCGGCUUUGGGACAGCAUCCUCUUCCAUCGCGCUGCCUCCUUCUCUUCCUCCUUACACUCCUCAGCUUCAUCCGACAGAACGUGCUGUCGUGAAGGAAAGAAUGCAGAGUCAAGGUCUUCUCGUCCCGUCCCCUGCUGCUCUUGUGCAACACUUCCUCUCGCCUUCUGAACCUGCAUGAACGCAGUGGUCGUAAAAUGGUUGUUUCCCCAGAGCUAUAUUAAAGAUAAAAGAGCAGAUCAGAAAUUCCUCUUCGUGUGUGAACACAAAUCAUAAUACAAAUAGUUUAGAAAGCCAUAAAAAAUUCGUUUUCUUUUAUUUUAUCUUUAGAGAAAGCUAAUUUACUUUAGGGCUCUGUACUUUAAAUCAACUACCUUUCUCUAAUAUAUAUUGUAACCACAUUUAUGAAGCUGUGGUACAAAGGUAACGGGUUUUGCAUCAGUCCACCUUCAUUAUAUAUUAUUCUGACACUCAGAAGGCGAGGACCAAAGGCGGACGGUAAGUGGUACGAUCAUUUUGUAGAUGGAAGUACAGUAAAUAGUCAGUUUAAACACCACUGGGAAGAUUACUGGUACCUUCGGAGACACGAAUACUUGACAUGAAGCCUGGAUCUCACACCUGCCUGUAGCGAAGGGCGUGACUGUACUGCUGGGAAAACUCUAACCCGAUACAAGAAAAUUAUGAAAGCGCGGACACACACACACACACACACACACACAAAUGUUGAGCUGUCAUGACUGCAUAAAAAUUGUUGAUCGUCAGGUAAAAAAAAAAAAUGGUAUAAGAAGUGCUUGAAAAAAUAAACAUUUUGGCAGCACGAAAAUGUGAGCUCUCUAGUAAAAAUCUCUCUCUCUCUCUCUCUCUCUCUCUCUCUCUCUCUCUCUCUCUCUCUCUCUCUCUCUCUCUCUCUCUCUCAUGAGGACAGAGGGGCAACUACGUAGAAAAUGAGAGAGAGAGAGAGAGAGAGAGAGAGAGAGAGAGAGAGAGAGAGAGAGAGAGAGAGAGAGUGUGUGUGUGUGUGUGUAUUUAAAUAAUUAUAUCUUUCAUUACCACAAAAAUCACACACACACAUAGGUACGUUACUGUAUAUGUGUGUGUGUGUGUGUGUGUGUGUGUGUGUGUGUGUGUGUGUGUGUGUGUGUGUGUAUUUGGUACUUCUCUAGAGCGGAACCUUUCAAGGGAGAGAGAGAGAGAGAGAGAGAGAGAACAGUUUAUUUCCUGACUAAAUGUUUAAGUUCUUAAGAGAAAACGAAGGUCAGUUUUUUUUAAUUUUAUGGAAUACUUAUGUGACGAAAUACGAAGUUAUUUGUACAUCAGUGUUUUCCAGACUUCUCCAGCACGUAAUCCCCUUCAGUAGCACCACACCCGCCAUGACCCACACGUUAUUAAGCUUCCUAAGCACACUGACUUUCAAUGGCGCAGAUACAUUUAAAAGAUUAAUCACAGCAGAGAGAACCAUAAAAAAAAAUAAAUAAAUAAAAUAAAAAAUAUGUAUACAGUACAUGCAGGUGAACUCCUCAUGACACAGAGAAAGGUUGAUGGAUCAUGCUAACUGCAUGCCUUCCCUCCUCCUGUGACCUCGCUGCACAAGACUUUCUUCUUUCUCACCCCUAUUCUGUCCACCUCUCUAAUGGAAGAGUUAGCCAGUAUUCUCAAUCAUUCAUCCCUUUCUCUUGUAAACUCUGGAACUCCCUGCCUGCUUCUGUAUUUCCACCUUCUUAAGACUUGAAUUCCUUCAAGAGGGAGGUCUCAAAACACUUAUCCUUCAACUUUUGACUACUGCUUUGGACCCUUUUCUGGGAUUGGCGUCUCAGUGGGCUCCUACAUAAGAAAAAGGUCUACAAGAACCUUAAAGAGACUGUAGUGCAAAAAAGAAGUCGAAGCCUCACCUGUAACGAUGAAUAAAAUAUUGAGGCAG